AUGUCCCGUCCCACUAUUGAGCCGUCAAUUAGCGGGCGGGAUGAGCGGGAUUUUCCAAAUGAUGCAUUUACAAGAGAAGAGGAUGUUGGAUUGGAGGUUCCCUAUGGGGCUGAGAUUUAUCCUUGGUUUACUAACGCGCAAGAAGACCUGUGA